CGUGUGAGGCCGCGCCGCACCGCACCGCACCGCACCGCACCGCACCGCACCGCGGGAUGUGGCGGCGGCUGGCGGGGCUGCUGCUCGCCUUCGCGGCCGCCACGGCCGGGUUGUGGCUGCUGUCGUCGCGGCUGAGCGCCGGGCAGGCGCGCAGGCCACUGCGGUUCCCGUCGGACCUGGAGGAGCUGCGGGAGUUGGCCGAGGCGCUGCGGGACUACGAGAGGCAGCACCGGGGCGCGGCGCUGGCCUUGUUUUGCGCCGCGUACCUCUACAAGCAGAGCUUCGCCAUCCCCGGCUCCAGCCUCCUGAACGUCCUGGCUGGAGCGCUGUUCGGGCCGUGGACCGGGCUGGUGCUGUGCUCAGCCCUAACGUCUGUGGGAGCGACCUUCUGCUACCUGAUCUCUGGCGCGUUCGGGAAGCAGCUCAUCGUCUACUACUUUCCUGACAAAGUGGCUCUGCUGCAAGGAAAGGUAGAAGAGAACAGGAGCUGCUUAUUUUUCUUCUUGUUGUUCCUGAGGCUGUUCCCCAUGACACCAAACUGGUUUCUGAAUCUCUCAGCUCCCAUUUUAAACAUCCCUGUGUCCCAGUUCUUCUUCUCCGUCCUCAUUGGUCUUACCCCAUAUAAUUUCAUCUGUGUGCAGACAGGAGCCAUUCUGUCACAAAUCACCUCUUUGGAUGCCAUUUUCUCCUGGGACACAUUGCUCAAACUGCUCGCAAUGGCUGUGGCAGCACUGAUACCAGGGACCCUUAUCAAGAAGUACAGCAAGAAGCGCUUGAAGCUGGAUGACAACAAGCACACUCAGAUACUCAACGGCAAAAAGAGCUUGUGAUGGCCCAGGUGCCCCAGAUGUUGGGGCCUCACAACAGCUCUCUGUCUCGGGGGCUAUAUUCUGCAUGCUCUGUGCCAGCGUGGACCAAGGACAAUUGCAGUUUUUAAAUCAUUCUUCUUGUCAAAGAGGAGGUAUAAGGAUCUUUAUUUUUAAUUAAUGUUUUAACUGUGCAUGUAUCUGCACGGAGAGCACUAUACAGGGGCUCUGUGAAUACUUCGGUUAAUGUGCCUGUUUUGUUUAAAUUGGCCUGUGCCUCCAGCGUGCCUGAGGAUAUUGACAACCCCCUGCAAAUGUAUCAGCACGGGGAUGAAAAACAGGGAGAAUUAGCAUCCCAUGAGGAAGGCAAAUCAGAACCCCUUAGUUCCUCCCAGCUCUUGAACAGAGGGAGCCCAAGCACCACAGUCUCCCUCCCAAGUCAAGACAGGCUUCCACUGGGCUCCCAUCCUUCCUUCCAAAUCCAGCUCCAUAAGCCCAGCUUGUCUCACUGGUGUGACUGAUGUGGCAGCAGACAGCUGGGUUUCUGCCCAGCCUCAUCCCUUGGCGCUUGGGAGGCCACAGCACAUAGGGCUGUGUCAAGCUGCAACAGCAGCUAGUUUGCAGCAGCAUUUCCCAGCUUUAGGCAGGCCCUGCUCCCUCCUCCCCCUGUCCUCUCCAAACCCAUAUUUGUUCAGCAUUUUUGGCCUGAAAUGAGAAACCAUGCACUUCUGUGCUGUUAGGUACAGUAGUACAAGGACCAAGUUGAGAAGAAAGUAAUCAUGUUUCUGCACCUUCUGUAGGAGAGCUUGCACAGUUGUAAAAGACUGUUCCUCUAUCAUUCAGAUGUUAAGUGCACCCUGCAGCAAAAUCAUUCAGGAUUUGGGACCAGCUGUGAGCUGCUGGUACGUACCAUUCAUAUGUCAGAACUCAGGAGAUUGUUUCUGUCAGUGGCUGCUACUCCCCACAAAGUCUAAGGGCGG